UCAAUAUUUGGACAAUAAUUUACAAAUACAAACGAAACGCUACAGUUGCGUAUUUAUGGCAAAAUGCCAAUUUUGCCACUCCCAACUUAGGAACUAAACAAGACCUUGAGCUCUUGAGCUCUCUCCAACUGUACAGCUUUGCCGAUGUAAAAUCAUGAGUGCGAAGGUUGCGUGUCCCAGAAACAUUUUUGGCACCGGAUCUUCUUCACCCAUUAAUUACGGCAGCAGGUUGAUACGGACGAUCUCUUGCGGAUCGUCCCCUUCCAAACAAGGGAAACUUACACCUUUCAAAAUACAAAAAGAAAGGAAAUUUACCCCGCGCCCGACGCGGUGUCGACUUCCGCCGCCACCUCCCCUGCCGUGGGAUGCUCGAAUUUUACCACUUCGAGUAAAAACUAUCCUCCCGCGCCAUUUUUGGCAAUGCUCGCCUUUACUUAUACCCCAGGCCUAUCUCCUGCCAUGGCAUUGCCAUCCUGCUGCGCCUCCAUCGAAGAAGAAGAGGAGCUGCGAAGAAGAGAGAGAGGUGGCUUGAAGCGGAGGAGCUGCCGCUGGCAAUGACGAUGGUGAAGCCGGGCAAGAAGACAAGCAAGGGGCGGCAGAAAAUCGAGAUCCGCCGCAUCGAGGACAAGGAGAAGCGCCAGGUCACCCUGUGCAAGCGCAAGGGCGGGCUCUUCAAGAAGUGCUCGGAGCUCCAGCUCCUCUGCGGCGCGCACGUCGCCGUCGCCAUCUUCUCCAAGAGAGAGGAUCACCAGCCCCAGGGCAGCGAGGCACCGCCCGCCGCGACGGGCGGCAGGCCCUCCCGCGGCGGCAGCGUGUUCGCGAUGGGCACCCCCUCCGUCGACCACGUCCUCCGCCGCUUCGCCCCGCUCCCCGGCGACGUGCACGUCGAGGACGCAGGCUGCGUCGCCGCCGCCGAGCGCGCCGCGGUCGAGGUGGCGGCGCGGGAGAUGAGGGAGACAGCGGCGCUCGUGGACGCGGAGAAGAAGCGGAUGGAGGCCAUCGGGGAGAAGGUGGUGCGGGCCGCGGAGGCGGCCGGAAAGCGUUUCUGGUGGGAGGCUGACGUGGAGGCGCUCGGGGAGGGCGAGCUGCCCGAGUUCGCCAGGGCGCUGCAGCGGGUCAGGGAGAUCGUGCAACGCGAAGCAGGCAAACGGCAGGCCUCUGCUCCACCGGCGGCGGCGGCGGCGCCGUGGCAUCCGUAGGGAGUUGGGCAGUCGCAUUAAUUGCUGGGCAAUUCAGUUCAAUUACGGUGCAUGUUUGCUUGGUUAAAAUGCUAUACUUUCGUGAUGAGUAUAUAUUACUACUAGUGUCCUACUCAGGUUAGUAUUACCAGGUUUUAGAUAACAGCGAGUCAUUCUUGGCAGAAGGACACAAACUGUAAAAUAAGGCAUCCGAUGGAAAUAAAGCACAAAUAAGCUUCUUUAUU